UAGAGUCUCUGAAUAGAGACUAACCUGAAUGCCAUGUCCCCAGCCUAAGUGCUCCCCAUCAAAUCUCUCUCUCUCUCUCUCUCUCUCUCUCUACAACUGCAAACAUGGACUCCAUUUUGGGCUAUGGCGCAGUCAUCUCACUGAGAGCUUAACGUGCGCACUCCCGGCGCAGGAUAUGGAGUCGCCCUCCUUUGUAUCCAAAGCGAGGACCGCCUUCCAUUCUGCGGCGGCUAAAGCGGAGCGAGUUUUCUCUGACUUGAAGCCCGCUCGAGAUUCUGAUAAGCAAUCGCCCAAGAAUUUGAUUAAUCAAGCAGAUGAUGAACCGCCAAGUAACGAGGGCGAGUCAAAGGGUUCCAAUGAAUUAAAGCAUUUGAGGUGGAGACCUCCAAACAUAGGGACAAAGCAAGAAUGGCAGGAUAGACUUAGGAACAUUGGAAAAGGAAAAAAAGAAGUUGAAGACGAGAAGGCCGAAUAUUCAACCAUGGCGGUUCCGUUCUAUGAUGAGAAUUUGUACCUGCUGAACAUGAAAAAUGAUAUUGAAGCAAAGGGGGCAGAGAUGAUUCCCUCAGUUGAAAGCUUUGUUGCAGACAACAUUGUGAUUCCUCCAUUGUCUGUUAUGAGGCAAUUGGCUACAGCUGUUGAGGCUGGAAAGAAGUUAAAAUCAUUGAAAGAUUUUUUGGCAACAUCAGGAAGUUCCUCACCUGUCAGGGAGAGAGCAAGCCUGAGUCUCUAUGCAGUGAGGUCCUUAGUGCUUCGUGAAAAGGAUGAAAGGCCAUCGGAUUUUGGUAAUAAUGAGAAGGUUCUAUCAUUGAUCCGCUCGCUGUUUGAUGCAGAGGGAAAUUUUCUAAGACGGAAGAUCGAUUCUGGUUCCGAGGCAAUUACAGCGGCAUCUUUGCCAAGAGAUAUUCACGGUGCUCCUCCUGAAAGCCUGGUUGUUAAGCUAGCUGAAGUUGUUGGGAGCUUCAGAACCCUCAAGAAAAUGACACUGUUUUGGUGCAGAGUUGUUGAAGAGCUGAGAAGACUUUGGUCUGAAGAAGAACAUGUACCUAGCAUCCCCAUAGAUGAGAUUCCAGAUCUGAAUUCCUGUCUUUUGUAUCAGCGGUUGCAAGUUAUCAACUGUUGUAUUUCCAGGAAAAGGCGGCGUGCUAUUGCCACUGAAACAUUAGACUUUGUAAUAACGGAAGCCAGUCCAAAGGCAGAAGAAUCUGCCAUCUCCAAUGACAAUCCUGCAGGCCCUAUGUUGUAUGCUAGACUAAGCACUGGGGAACUUGUCCUCCGACUAGGUGCUGAUCGACCAUUUGGUAAUGUGACAAUGUUGGAAACUGGGGAACCUGUGUACUGCCCUGUGACCCAGGAAGGACCUUUGCUAACUGAAGAUCUUAUCAAAGAAACAGAAGAGUUUGUGCUUCGAACAGGAAGCGUUGGUGCUGGAUGUUCUCAACUCCUAUCUGACAUGCAGGCUUUCAAGGCUGCAAAUCCUGGUUGUAUUUUGGAAGAUUUUGUGAGAUGGCACUCCCCUCCUGACUGGUCGGAGACUGAACCAGAGGAUAGAGACUCUUUUGAUGGUAGUGAUGCAUUGUCCACAAGAGGAUAUCUAAGCAGUCGAAUGCAAAAAGAAGGCAAUUUGUGGCGUGAGUUUUGGGACACAUCCAAGCCAGUUCCAGCAGUUAAACAAGUACCCCUCUUUGAUGAGGAUUUAGCAGUAGAAGGUAUCCUGGAUGGUUUUGAUGACAUAUCACCUUCCGAGCUUUUUGAGCAGCUGUUUGUUUCUUUGCUUGGUUUAGGCUUUGUAAUUGCUGAGGCUAAACUGUCCAGUAGUAGUGAUUUUUCGAAGCUGUUCUAUGAAUGCAAGGAAUAUGUGGUUUCCACUUGUCAAAGCAGCACCCGGACUGAGAAGGUUGAUGAGCUUUGCCAGGUAUAUGAAACAGUGGAGACUAUGUUACAGAAUCCAGAGGAAGUCCUAAAAAUGAUGAAGCAACCGGAAGAAUCAACGACCCCUUCCGGUGAACCAAAACGGCGUUUUAAGAGGCUCAUCCUCAACUUCGGUGGCAAAGAUAGACAGUUAAAAAAAUCAGCUUCAAAGGAUCAGAAGAACUCAACGAGCCCUAGUAGCCAACCAUUUUCAAGUUUCUUUGACAACAAGUCAUCACUAUUUUCAAAAAAGCCUCCGAAGCCUGAAAAUACAUCCCCUGCUGAAAAACCUUCGAUUACAGACGAAAAUGAUUGGACGGUUGUUUAGGCGUAACUUCUUUUUUCUUUUUUUCCGUUCUUGCCCUUAUUUUUUGGUUAAAAACAGGCUUGAUUUUGCUGGUAAUUGUAAAUUGUUUUGAGCAAAACGAGCUAAUGGGGGGUUACCAUUAGCCACAAAUUUAAAUGAACUUAUUGCCUUGAAUUAUAAAGGAUGGGUUUAUUGUCUAA